UGGACAACUUGGAUUAUGGCUGACAAUCCGGGCCACUCUAUACCAAAAACAGAGAUGGCGCACGAGGGCGCCGGCGCGGCGGAGAGCUCCCCGCAGCCGACGCCGUCGCCGCCGCACGCGCCGCGGCUGCCCGCCGCCGAGGCCAGCUUCCAUUCUCAGAUCAUGCAGAAUCAGAGCCCGAGAAAGAACCAUAUAGCGGAGAGAGCGAAACAAACGUUAGAAAAUAGUUUCCUGUUACAACUGAAGAAGCAGCAGCAGCUGCAGCAGGAGAUCCUGCUCCAGCACUUCCAGCAGCAGCGCGCGCAGCUCGCCGAGCAGCACGAGCAACAGCUGAGGCAUCAUCUCAAGCUGUGGGAGCAACAGAAGCAAAUGGAGGAGGCGGCGCUGCGCGAAGCGAGAGAAGCGAGGGAAGCAAGAGAAGCGAGAGAAGCACGGGAGAGGCACGAGAGAGACCGGGUGGAGCUGCUGCGGAAGCGAGACAAGCAUGAGCACAGCGCUAACGCGUCGUCGCAAGUCAAACAGAAGCUGCAGGAGUUCUUAAAGAAGAAGCAAGCCGCGGCGAAUGCCAACGGCACUGUUCCUGGAUCUCCUUACAGAAAUUGGGGUAUAGUAAAGUCGUCAUCGGGCGAGUCGAUCACGUCGGCCGGGGCGGCGGCCACGCACCCGUACCGGCUGGCGGCGCCGCCGCUGCCGCUCGCGCUCAACGCCCCCCCGCAGCCCUCGCCCAGCGACUUCCCGCUCAGGAAGACUGCGUCCGAGCCCAACAUGCUGAAAGUGCGUCUGAAGGCGCGCGUCAUCGAGCGGCGGGCCUCGCCCCUCGCGCGGCGCCCGCUCAAGACUCGCCACAAGCACCGCAAUUGCGAUGGCAGCUCGCCCCGCGGGUCCCCCACGGGCGCGUGCACGGCGGCGCCCAUCCGCGAGGAGGAGGAGCCCAACACGCGGCCGGAGCUGCUGUUCUCCUCGCCCUCCAUGCCCAACAUCUCGCUCGGCAGACCUGCGCCCGCGCCUGUUCCGCAGGUGAACUUCAAAUAUUUAGUCAAUAUACGGUUUUACCCACCCGUACGUGGCGCCGCCUGCGGCGUGGUAGCCGGCGUGGCGCACACGCGGCCGCCCGCGCGCCCGCUCGGCCGCACGCACUCCGCGCCGCUGCCGCUCGGAGACCCCGCGUUACAGGCCACGCACACCUACCUGCGCGACCAGAUACGCAAGACGGUUCUGACGCGCGCCCACGACGCGGCCGCGGCCGCCCUGCGAGAAGAAGAAGGCGAGGUCAUCGACCUGACGGCGCGGCGCGCGGCGGUGGCGGCCGCGCCCGUGACGUCACACGCGGCGGUGGCGGCCGCGCCGCUAGCCAGGGCGCUCAGCUCGCCGCUCGUCGGGGCGAGGGCGCCCGCCACGGGCCUCGCGUACGACGCGCUCAUGCUCAAGCACGGAUGUGCGUGUGGAGCGCACGCGCCACAGCACCCCGAACACGGCGGCCGCCUACAGUCGGUGUGGGCGCGCCUGUGCGAAACCGGCUUGCUAGCGCGCACGGAGCGUACGAGGCCACGCAAGGCGUCCCUCGAAGAGCUCCAAUCGGUCCACGCCGAGUCCCACGUGGCACAGUUCGGCGGUCGGCGCGCCGGUGCGGCGGGCCCGCGGCAGCUGGUGCGGCUGGCGUGCGGCGGGCUGGGCGUGGACUCGGACACGGCGUGGUCCGACACGCACACCGCCGCCGCCGCACGCAUGGCCGCCGGCGCCGUGCUCGACCUCGCCACCAGGACCGCGAGGGGCGAGCUCAGGAACGGAUUCGCGGUGGUGCGGCCGCCGGGUCACCACGCGGAGCCCAACCAGGCGAUGGGCUUCUGUUUCUUCAACUCCGUGGCCGUGGCCGCGCGACUACUGCACCAGCGGUUGCGGUUGCAAAGGAUAUUAAUCGUGGAUUGGGAUGUCCACCACGGCAACGGCACGCAACAGAUCUUCUACGAAGACCCCCACGUCCUCUACAUCAGCAUCCACCGGCAUGACGACGGGAACUUCUUCCCCGGAACCGGAGCGGCCUCUGAGUGUGGAGCGGGCGCUGGACUUGGCUUCAAUGUCAAUAUUGCGUGGGCUUCGGGGCUCAAUCCACCACUGGGGGAUGCUGAGUACUUGGCGGCUUUCCGGUCUAUCGUCAUGCCUAUUGCUAAGGAGUAUGACCCCGAGCUAGUGCUGGUGUCGUGCGGGUUCGACGCCGCGGCCGGGCACCCCGCGCCGCUCGGCGGCUACACGGUCAGCGCGGCGUGCUUCGCGAACAUGACGCAAGACCUCAUGCAACUCGCCAACGGCAAAGUGGUGCUAUCCCUGGAGGGCGGGUACGACCUGCCGGCCAUGUGCGACUGCGCGCAGGAGUGCGUGCGCGCGCUGCUCGGCGACCGCGUGGCGCCGCCCGCCGCGCACGAGCUGGCGCGCACGCCCGCCGCGCCCGCGCAGGAGCUGCUGCGCACGCUCGCCAUACAGGCGCCGCACUGGCCCUCCAUAAAGCGGUACAGCAGUCUAAUCGGCAUGUCGGCGAUAGAAGCCGGGCCCGCCGUGGCGGCGGCGAGGUUAGGGCGCCUGCAGACGGAGCGCGACGCCGCCGACACCGCCGCCGCCAUGGCCACGCUCUCCAUGCACCAUCCGCACGCCGACGCCAAGCCCAGUUCGCCGGACUCGUCCCGGUCGGUGUCGGAAGAGCCGAUGGAGCAGGACGAAGGCAAGUGAGGCGCGUGUUGUACAGUUACUGCUCACAUUCCGCCGCGACCACACCUGGGCCUGGUGACCCCAGCGACCCCCGGGCCAGGGCAGGUCGCGGCUCCUCGAAUCUACGCUACACUCCGAGUGUACCGAUAAACCUAUUUAUUUAGAACCGGAACUAGUGACCGUAUUUUACGCUCGACGAGUAAAGAAUUUAUGUAUAUUUAUGGAAGUUGUACAUAUAUAUUAUAGAGAGUAUAUCGACGUUAGACGUGCGCCGAGCGCGAGAUGUUUAUGUGAACUUGCGAACGAACUUGUCCUGCCAAAUGUGUCUCUCGAGGCGAGACGCCCGUAGCUGCGUGGAUAUUGUCUAUCGAUGUGAUUCAUAAUGAAUUAGCCGAGCUAUAUGCGUGUGUAGGUGUUAAAAUUAAGACAAAUCUUAAUUUGAAAGCUUUAAAAUGUAGUAAAAUGAUAAUUUGUACAAAAAAUAUCAAUAUUUGGAAGAAAUGUUUUAUAUGAAUAAUCUACGAAGUAGGUGAUGUAAUUAUUAUAGUAGGCGUCGUUUAGAGAAAUGCCUAAAUGAAUGUUAUAUAUAUUCUCCCUCGUGGAUGUGCUGAGAAAUUUAUAUAUUUAUAUGAAAAAGAUACUCAAGUUUCUUGUUGUGGGAACGCAGGUUCCCUUCAUGUGCCCCUGGGGCUUGCCACUCUUCACUUGUCUAUACCAAAGAUGAACUUUCAACUUGUAUUACUCGACUACUUACCGGUAGCUUUCGUUCGCAGCAACUGCGAACUCUGUCUCUGUGAUGAGUUGAAGCUUGUACAAAUCGUUUGUUUGUCAAAGUGUUUAAAUUGUACGAUUUGUAUCAGUCUUUUGUGAUGUCCUCCAUGCAGGACUAACCUUACUAACUUGCACUAAAGGACGUUAUUUGGUGGAUCCUUUGUGUAGCUCUUCAAAGAUAAUGUGCAAUACAUAUUUGUAGUUGGCCCUGAAUUUUCAGUCAUACAAUCAAAUGUGAAGCAGCAGGGCAGAUCAUUUUCCAAUGACGGUACAUAUUUUCUUGUACUAAAUUUUCUAGAGGGUACGUUGUUUUUGUUCUGCAGACCUGUUGUAUAUAAAAUAGAGCUUAAAUUAUGGACAAAAAAUACCAGCUCUAUAGAACAAAAACACGCCCAAAUAGUCUGCUCUUUUGGCUCCAUCCACUUCGAUCCAGAUAUUUACGUGGAUCCAUAGAUUGUAUAAUCUUGAUGAGACUUGUAGAGCUUUUGAAUUGACUUGUGUUUGAAAUUGACGUAGUAUACAUUUACAGUAUACCUAAUAACAAUUAGCACUUUACGUGUCUGUGUCAAAAAUUUAACGAUCAAAAUUUGUACCUACUGUAAAACGGCACGAUACUCGUGCGAAUAGGCAACAUCGUUUUAAAAUACUUAAUUUAUCGCUAUUCGCUACGAAUUUCCUACUUUUCGCACGUAUAUCGUGAUGUACUGUAAAACUUUCGGAUCCUGUUUGUAUCCAAGUGCGUGGAGCCUGCCUCUGGGCGAGUGAAGUAGGCAGUGUCGGCCGCCGGCCGCGGGAUACAAUCCCGGCGUUAAAUAAUACAAUGUUGUGUCUUUGAGAAUUUUAUUGUUAAAUUGGAAUACAGAUGAAAUAAUUAUUUAAUAAAUGUAUAUAUAUACACAUAUAUAUAUAUAUAUUUGGAAAUACAUA